GCUGUAAACUGAAAAGGACGUGUCAAAGCUUCCAUUGCAAAAAUACGAUAUCAUUAUUAAUGAAAGUGGUGAAAAAUAAGAGAAACAAAACGCUAUGUCGUCCUUAGAUUUGCUCCUUUUGAAUGUGGACACCUUAUUUGAACAGCAUAGCGUGACGGAAAUCGAAAUGGUGCAUAAAAGAAUUGAAGAAGUUAUUGAGAACAAGAAAGAGGAAUUACGCACCAUGGUUGGCGAACGUUACCGAGACUUGUUAAAAGCUGCUGACACUAUUACUGCCAUGAAAGAAUCUACUAAAGAAUUAAUUACCCAAGUCGAAAGCAUUAGUGGUUACUGUAAAAAUCUGAAUGAUCAACAAUUAGUUGGAUUUAAAACAGAAACCGAUAAGAGUAUAAAUUUAAAUAAGCGUAUUGUUAAAUUACAGGACAAUUAUUUCAGCACCAUGGUUCAGAUUAAUCUUUUGACAUGUUUGCCUGAAAUUAUUUGGUCGCAUUUAGAUCAAGAACAAUAUUAUGCCGCUACUGAACUUUUUAUAUUUAGCCGUCACAUAAGCACCGGUCUACAGUUGGAUUCGAAUGAUUUAAUGCGGAAGUUACCGAUUGCGAAGAAACAAUGGGAAAUUCUAAAACCUUUUCAAAAAACUAUAAAACAACAAGUAUUGUUCGCUCUGGAAAGGGAAACUUUAACAAUUGAUGUCUUGGUCGAUUGCUUAAUAGCGUUAUUGUUAUUAGAUCAUACUACUUUAGAGAACGCCUUCAAAUGUUUCUUAAAGUUACGUACAUCAACAGUUUUGCAUUGUUUAUCAAAUGAUAAUAAUGGCAGGGCUAAAGACCGUAUUUUGACUACUUUAAAAGUGCUUAACGAUAGUUUGGAAUUGAUACAUCAGUGUUUCUUUGAGAAUGGUGCAAUUUUUGUUAAGCUGAACGAAUAUACAAACGUGAAUGCUCUUCCUACCAUAAAUCGCGUAAAUUGUCUGGACGUGCAUUUCGAUAAUGCCUUACCCGAUAUAAUAUUGAAUUUUAAAGGUAAAUUUGAUACAACUACACUUUCCAAGGACAGCAUAAAUUUAGCUUUAGAAAAGUGGCUAAAGGAUAUUCAGGACUUAGUUGAAAAUCAAUUAAAGCAAUUAUUUGAUUUGAUUGCUAAUAUGCAAAUCAUACAAGAGAUAAAAACUGAUGCCAAUAAUAUACGAAAACCAGGAAUUUUACGAUCGUUUAGUAAUCAAUUUAAUCAUUUGGAAGCCCUGGAUUUUUAUGAAUUGCAUUAUGUACCUUUAAUCAAUCAACGUAUACGGAACAUAAUUAAUGAUAAUUCAUCGAAUGCUAUUAAUGAAAUGCAAGCGUUUAUAAAGAACUUACUUGAAAUAGAAGAAGAAGAAGAACUGAAUAGUAAUAAGAAGCAGAAAGAAUACAUUUGGCAAGAGAAUGCUACUGAUUUACCCAAUAGUUUAGCUCAAGUUUUAAAUGGCGAUCUUAAAACAAAUAAUCUUUUAAUGAAAUCAAAAGGUUAUGAUACGCGAAUAAUUAACGUAUGUCACGAGUUGGAUGAAAAACUUGCUGGAAUAAUAAAUGAAAUGAAUAUUCUAUUAAAAGAAUCGUCAACAAAAGUCGAAGAUAAAAUUCUUUUAGUUGAUUUUUUAAGUGCAACCGCUCAAGAACAUUUAAAUCAUUUUAUAAAUCAACUCGGGAAUCUUCAGCGAUCCUUGAAAGGACGAUCUGCUUUACUUUUUCUGGCACAUUGUUGUUGUGCUUUAUUGGAGCUUUGCCCACAUUUAAAAAUCUGUUUAUGUCAAAAAAGUUCUUGGCGUCAAUUAUUGCGUGCAUCGACAUCUUCUGUCGUUACUGAACGUUGGCGACAGAUUUGUAGUGCCCUGGAGGAACAAAUUUACCACAUUUGGCUACGUAUCAUUGAGGAUGUAUUAGAAGAGUUUGACUGUAAGCGUCUAAUGCCUCAAACCAUAACUAACGAUGUCAUCUUAAAGGAUUUUACACACUGGGAAUCGAUCACUUUGGAACAAGGAGAUUAUCAUUCGGAUCAUUUACCACAAACUUCAGUUAUUGUUCCCAUUCAGCCGAGCCUAUGUUUGCAAACGUACUUUUAUACGUUCAUUUUGAAAAUUACUGAGGUGAUACCUCAAACAUUACCAAGCAAGGUUCUGCAAAUUCUCAAUGAAAAGUUAUUGCAACAGUUGAUCGACUAUUAUCAUUCCUUAUUAAAUGAUCAGUUAACGCAGAAGGUGGCUCAGCAGAUUUAUUUUGAUUUGAAAUUUUUACAACAUUCCUUCGAGCUCUCAAACGAACAAAAAGAACAAUUUGAGGUCUUACAAAAUUCCUGCAAAAAGCUAAUAGAUCCUUUCGAUUUUGAAUUGCUUUUUACUCAUAACCUAAAUAACGUGAAAAAGGCUGUGAACCGAUUUUCUUGUCUUUUGGGUGUUUUAACUUCUUUAAACGUGCAAUCAGUGCAUGUGGAUGCAACACAUGCGACAAAUAUGACACAAGAUAAAGAUCCAAAUAUUCUAAAUUUAUGUUCAAGUAGUUCGACAAUGCUUUGGUUUCCACUACUACCAAUUGUUACCAACAGUAAUGCUAACAACAAUAACACAAAUAUUGCUGCACCGGUUCAAGAACAUAAAAAAACUUCCUAUGAUACGGAUAAGUCUGUCACGCCCACACAUAAAUCGAAUACUGCCGCACGUAAAAAUGACAGUAAAUCGAAAUCAGGAGCUGUAUCUUUCUUUGGUGCUAUGUCACAAGAUUGGUUCCGAUAGUGAAUUAUUACGUAUGUUGCAUGGAGCGCGUAUAUAUAUAUAUAUAUGAUUUCUGAAAAUCUUUAGCUCUAUACCUAUGAAGGCUAGAUGAAAUCUUUCAAAAUUUUUCCAUUGUCAUAUACUAUGUUUCCUGUUGCCUAUCUGCAUAAAUCCGUAAGAGAAUUUUACUAAAUUCAAUAGAUUUGACCUUCAUAAUGAUUAUGAAUGAAUGUCCAAUUAGAGUCGUUAACAAUUUUGAUAUCGAUUAACGUUAAGGAAGAAGUCAUUUCAGCAGAUUAGAAAUUUUUUCGAGAAGAAUAUAUCUUGCAAUUGGAUUGGCCUAAAAAGUAACUCCUAAUCUUUAUAAUCACAAAAUUAUAGGGAAAAUGAAAUAAAGCUUUAUUUUAGCCGAGUUCGAUUAAAAAUGAUCCAUAGAAUGUGAGGAAGCACUUUGAACAUCAACAGGCAUGUUUACUUACUCUACCACUUACAUGCUAAUGUCUACUUGAGAGAGUAACUUACGGAAAGCUAUAUUCGUAUUUAUGUAAAGCUAUAAAGCGAAGUCAUGCGGCGUUGUAUUACAAUUUUGAGUGAAGAUCACAAAAAUAGAGUUUUGAAUGCAAUGCUUAACUAGAGUUAUAUAUAGGUUAGUUAAUUUUUAUUUACAUUUGAACAGCAACUCGUUUAAAGUUCGGAGCGGGUAAGGAAGUCUGCUUCUUUACAACCAUAAGCCUCAGAACCUGUUCGGCAGUAGAUUUCUUCGAUCAAACAACAAAAGUAAUGAAUUUGGAAGAAGAAGAAUUACGAGUACUCUAUGAUUAACGUGGGCGUACGUUGUGUAAAUGAAUCAUAUUAAAUGGAAAAUUGUUAUUUUGUGUAGAGGAAGGUCAACACCAUCGAAUUCGAUCGUUAUAUAUAAUGGGUUUUCCCAUUUAUUUAUAAUUUUCACCUGUAGAAUUCGCUGAUCAAAAUUUUUGCAAACACGUAAUAAAGGUAGUUGUUCCGAAGUUCAACGUAUACCAAAAAUUUUGGCGCAAACUUCAAUCUUUAUUUACAAUAUGUCCUGACUUUUGUUCAAGCAGGAAUAUAACUUUCGGAAUUAUGCUUAUAAGCAAUAGGUAAAGAACGAUAUGGAAAUUAUAUCUGAAUUUUUGUUAUGCUAAAUUAUUACAGAUUGAUCUUUGAUAAGGUAAAAAUUCUAUUUCCUUUUUCCAAUUUUGCAACUGAUGGUAGUCUAAACAAAAUAAAAAGAAAUAUUAUUUUGAAAGUGAUUUCAAUAUUUUGUUGAGGGAAAUGAAAUAACUGCAAUAAGAAGACAUUAUGAUAAAAUUGAAUUUUUUUUUAUAAUUUUCAUUAAAUAAAGUACACCAUUU